UUAGUUAGUCGCCUUUGGUCUCUGGUCGAAUGUAAAUGUAAUGAUAACGUGACUGUGUUGCUUUUAUAUUAUUGUUUUAUGAGUUCAGAUUGUUUUUGAGUGUUGAUUAUAAAUAUUCAAAACAAUAACUGUUUGAUGAUGGAAAGAAACGUCAAUGAACGGAAUAGUUAUGUUAAAUCACUUCAACAGUUAAUCCUAUGCUCUAAAAAGGAACUUGAGUGUUUCAUGCAAGAAUUGAACUGGAUAGAAGAAUUAACAUUAUCGAAGGAUAGUGAGAAGGAUUUGAUCACUUGUCCGGUGAACUCGACACAUAGAGUUCCUAGCAGCAACCUGCACAAACAUGCUGACGCCUGUCGUCUGCGACAACAAGGAUAUGGAGAUGAUUCUGUGUUUCUUCCCCCACCUUGUGGUUCUUCGUUGGGAACAGUUGUGAUAGAUAAAGAUCUGCAAGCCAAGAUAAUUCUGGAUGCUGCAGCUAGAGAUAAAACGCUGAAAAUAGGGGUCGACGUGUGCAAGCGAGAGGUGCCACAGACAUCGGACCGUUACACCUCUGACUUGACUUCCGACGAGAGGAGAGUCCUGUACGACUAUGUGGUGGAGAGGACUGCUGGUAAAGUCCCACAACCCCAGGACUUCAGUCUGCCGUCUGUCUCUGAGGGCGGGAAAACUGAACCGAUGACUCGAGAACAGUUGUUUGCUGCUGAGAGGGAUGCCAAGAGACGUAGAGUGCGCUACCGGUCUGUCAAGGUCCACACAAAGAGCAAGAACUACUCUGAGGUGAUGCGAGAAGUAAUCGGCAACCAGAUGGCAGCUUACGAAGAUUGGCUGAGAGACUGUUACGGGAUGAAGGACCAAUCCUUAGUAGAGCAGAUGGAGAAGAGAGAUGCUGAAGAGACAGUUGGAGAGAAGGAAGAGAUGGAGUGGCUGGACUGGGACUUCAGAUCAAACCCUCACACUCGUUGGAAGUAUCUCUUGGAGAGAGAAAAGAGAAGAGCAAAAAGAAAAGAGACAGAGAGGCAUGAAACCCAAAACAAAAGGGAAGAAAAGAGUAGUAGAAGUCGUACACACAGUAGAAAUAAAUAUGAGAAUGAGAGAGAAAAUAAACACCGUUCAGAAAGAGAAUUGAGUACAUUACGCUCUGAAAGGAGGGACAGUUAUAAAAAAGAUAGAAGUAGAUACUCAACUUCUAGUCUGAACGAACGUGCAGAGCACAAUAAAUAUAGAAGAGAUAGAAGCAAUCAUAGGUCAAAGAACAGGUGUAGCAGUGAACAUGAAGAAAGAGAUAAUUAUGAAAAAGAGAGGGAGCUGAGUUGUUCCAAAGAUUAUAAAAAGCAUGAUGGCCACAGUAAGAAAGAUAAGUAUGAAAAAGACAGGGAGCUCAGUUACUCCAAAGAUUAUAAAAAACAUGAUGGCCGCAGUAAGAAAGAUAAGUAUGAAAAAGACAGGGAGCUCAGUUACUCCAAAGUUUAUAGAAACCAUGACGACUACCAAGCUGGAAUAAAAACAGAAAGACUAUCUGACGAUUAUGAUGAUGUUAGUUUUGACGUUGAACAUCGUGCCAAGAAAAAGCACAAGUCAGAUGAUAAAGCACUGUGUGAAGAAAGGAUGCAGGAAUUGAGUGAUAGUAAUGCUGAAGACCAAUAUUCAAGGUCGAGUUCCAAGAAAACCAAAAAAAGGAAGAAGUCAAAAAAGAAACACAAGCACAAACACAAGAAGAACAAAAAAGAGCGAAGGUCUAGUCACCAUUCUAACACUACAGACUCUUCUGAUGAGUAAUGUAAAUAAAGAAUUUAUUUUAUUA